AUGAAGUUUGCUAAGCUGCUACAACAGAUUCUCCAAGAGGACGGUGUGCCUCCGGAAUGGGUUGAAAAGGCUAUUCAAUACAAGGCCCUGAAGAAGAGGAUCAACCGUGUAGUUGAGGAGCUCGAGAACGUGGGGCUGAAAAGGGAGAACAUGAGUUUUACAUAUGAGAUAGAACAGAUACAGCACCAAUUACAUCCUCAGCUGACGACCGACGUCAGUCAGGAACUGGAGCAGGUGGUGAUUUCCAAGCUGAACGACAUGGACUACACAUUUUCUGUUGUGCAAAAAGAGCGAGACGGAAGCGUUUUGACCGUCAGUUUACACGAGGAUACCCUUUUUUUCCAGACUUUAUAUGAGGAGCUGGAGGAGCUAAACAGGUUUGGAGACGAGCAGGAGCACGAACUUGUGGACACCGUCGAGAAUCUUGCCGCGGUGAUAGGCAAGGUAGGGUCUCCCAACAGACGCAAAAACGACAUGUAUGUUUGGCGGGAAAUCUUCCAGAUGUACAUCGAGAGCGAAGUUUUCUUUGGCACCCGAGAGAGGUCCUCGGGACGCGUUGACGUGGCGGUUUCGCGCAAGCGAAUGAGCGAAUUUAUCGACCAUGUGAACGAAACCAAGAUCCUCAAGAGGCUUCGACAGCGCAACUCGCUCGGGGCGUUCGCCACGUUCAAAGAGAUGAAUCUGCUGAUCAUAAAGGUCGCCAAUUACCAGGCCAUCAACAGCAUGGCUGUGCAGAAGAUCCUCAAGAAGUUCGACAAGCAAACGACGCUCAACUCGCUGAAACUGUUCCCCAACCUCGUGAAGAAGUCGUUUGAGGCCAAUAUUCUCAAUAGCACGGUGUGCAAGGAUGUGUGUGCGAUAAUCGGCGAGCGCCUGCUGAGCAUUGUUCCGCAGCUGGACGACUACACCUGCCCAAUCUGCUGCUCUGUGGCUUUUAAGCCGAUCCGCCUGGACUGCGGGCAUCUUUUCUGUGUGCGAUGUUUGGUGAAGCUGCAACGCAAGGAGGAGGACAAGUGUCCGCUGUGUCGCCAAGAGGUGGUGUUGCAUGCCGACGAGCGGAACCUCGAUCUGGCCCAGAUGGCGUAUCUGAAGCUGUAUUUCCCGCAGGAGGUGAAGCAGAAGCAGCGUGAGAACGAGAAGGAGAUUUUCAAGGAGCAGUAUGGCCACAUUGUGGAUCCAGACAAACCUACGUGUACAAUAGUUUAG